CACCAAAGAUGUUAUCCCGCGCUUAUAAAGAGCACCAAGUGAAACAGGCAGCUCACCGCGAAAAACAAGGUAAACUAAAUGUGAAUAACAUUGCCCUGUAUUGUCCCAUCACGGCAUUUUAAAAAAAUCUAAAUUGAUUCCACAUCAUAAUGUGGAUUAAAGGAAAAAAAAAUAACAAUAGCCAGGCCAAUAUCACUUUUUUAUGUGCAUGCCCUCUAGUGAUACUUAGUAAAUAAACCCUUUCUGGCGACUGGUACAUCAGACGAUAAUACCUGCAGUAGAGAAGUUAUCUGGAAAAUAAACAGGGAGAGAAGCGACGACCAGCUGCGGUUCGCAGGGUACUUCCAGGGCAACCGUAAAAUUUUGAGGACAAUCAAAAAGCCAAAGGCAUUAUCCUCGGUUAAGAUAUUCCAGUAAGCUAGAAAGGGGUUUCUUUAUUUUUUAACCCUCUGAUUAAUUAAUUUCAUUGCUACUGAGCACUUGAGCAGUUGAAAGAAGAAGAAAAACAAGUAAUGAUCUCACUACGACAAGUUGCAGGCACACAGAUUUACAAACAAGUACCAUGAUAAUAAAUUUAUGUUCUAGCCUGAUGAGUGUCAGGUGUUCGAAAGGGAAGGGGAAGGCAAUUUGGAUUUGAGACGGCACAAAAGAGAAAGAAGGAGGGGAGUGCCUGCAAGGACGCUAUUGUUUUUGCCAUCCCACCUACUAUGUAUACAAAAAUAAUACAACUGUGAAUGUCUAGCUGUCAAAUAAACUUGAAUACAGUGCAAAUUCUCUACUUGUAUUUUUGCACUGCUUUUAUUUUGUUUUCCUAAAACAAGUUCACAAAGAUGAAGGCACUAUAAAAAAGUCCAUACGCAGACCUCCAAAUAUGAAGGAAGAAAAUCGCAAGGAUUCGUGCCGAGUUUGUGAAACGAGUUUAAAUUUCCUCAAUAUAAAAUCCAGCCUAAAUAUUUGUUCAAGCUGUUGCUGAAGGGAUCGAACUGGACAACUAAGGAAUUUAGUUUGAUUCAAUGUCGGGUUUUUGGCAGUUUGCGUGCAAUGUUUGUCUUCAAAAAAUUUAAACACUUUUAAAAACUCUUCAAAUCCAUAUCGGAGCUCCUUGAAUCCAUCAGGCGAAGGCGUGAUAAGUUCCUAUAAAACAACCCAAAAUCUCUUCCCCCUUCACUCGCCAUCAGAUGAUUACUGAAAGAUCGAUCAAGUUACUCAAAUAGCAUGAUGUUGAUUUCAACUGAUUGGACCAAGUUAUUAAGGCUGUGAUUAACACGUUUGGAAUUCUGACCAAUCAGGAUUUUUACACCUUUUUAGUGGAUGUGAAAAACGAAAAAGACAGUAGCAUUCUUGCAGGCGUUCCCUAUUUCCCCCUCCUUGCACGCCCCUCGUGCUCUUGUACACCCUUAUUCUUCCUUCCUCUUCCUGUUUUAACACCUGCCACACAGGCUUCUGGUGCUAUUGAAACUGUGAUCGGACCAGAGCUUGACAGUCUGUCAUGCCAAAUAAACUUUUGCAAUGCCUUAUAGAUCAAAACUCGCAAACACAGUGUUUUAAGUUUAUAUUUUACCAACUACACCAUUUGAAAACUUGUCUAAAAAUACUUCCACUGGAUAAGGAAGGAGAAACUUAAGAACUGUUGCUGAGAUGGGGAAAACUAGGAAUUACAGCCAUCAAACACAGAAUCUGAAAAAAAUUCCAAGAAUUCCUGCUUAUAUUUGAUAUUAAGAAGGUAAAAACGGAGAAGAGACUAGCUCUGUCGACUUUGUUAUGUUUUCUUGUGGCCGAAAAAUCAUAGGCUAAAUGUUGUAGUGAAUUUUUUAUCUCAAGUAAUUUUUCUUUUUCUUUUGUUAAUACUAUUAAAUCAUAUUUAACGUAGAUAACGACUAGGAGCUAUGAUCUCGGGUGUUUUUGGCAUUCUUUGGUGGCGUGUUGGCCAUCUUUAACGCUGUUGCAUGACCAUGUUUGCGUUUGUAGUGUUUAUGAUUGUUCGUGAGCAUGAGGGACAGAUUCCUGUCCACCGGUAUGUCACUUUGGUGCAUGCAGGGGCCAUGUGCCUAUGUUGUGUUUGCAUUGCACUCGAAGCUUUGUUGGCGUGGCGUGGCGAGGCGUGGCGGUCUAGUAGCGUAGCGUUUCUCUUGGUUCCCCUCCCUCCCUCCGCUUUCUUGGUUUAGGGUCUCCCCCCCCUUCCUUUUUUUUUCUUUUUUUCUUUAUUUUUUGUAUUUUCUUUAUUUAUUUUUUUUAUUUUGUUUUUUUUUCCUGGGAUUUGUUCAUUUUACUUCCACUGGGCUUCUGGCCUCAGUGUGACGGGUGCUAUAGUGGGGGGCUGGGCGUGGGGGGGCUCGUGGCUGGGUUGUGGGUUGGUAGGUCUGUUGGUGUUCUUCCGCCUUGGGGUGUAUUGCGGUUGCAGCCCCCUGGCCCAUGGGCACCCGACCUUCACUUGCGACGCAGGCGUAAAACAAAAAUUACCUGAGAUAAAAAUUAACUACAACAUAAAUAUCGACACAGAGGGGCUGUAUUGCCUGAUACCUGUCCUCCUAUUUAAUGCCAUCACAUGACCCAAAAUAACCAUUAAAAUUGCACAAAAAGUAAUUAGUUGGUUAUAAGUAUGGAAUGAUACAAAGCAACAGACAAAUCCUGGAUUGGAUCAAGCCUUGUAACCUCCAUCCCUAACCUAAUGUCAUUUACAAGUGAGUUACAUGGUUGAUUGAUCUGAUCUGGUGUGAUCCAAGCAUAUUUUGUUGACACCUAUCCCGUACUACCCUCCCUUGCUUUCACAUAAGUACCAUUAGUCAAAAGGGAAUAUUUUUAACUGUCAUUAGUGUUGUAAAAAAAAAGUACAGAAGAGAAUAAAGAUUUUCAGAUUUGCCUUUGAACAUCUUUUCCUGCAUAUAUGCCUUAAUACAAUUAUUUAUUGAGUUUAUCCACCAGCAAAGUUAACCAUUUCAAACAGCUAUUGAUGCACUUUUCACUGAGCCAGACAAACUUCCUAAAUUACACCCAAAAACCAUGCUUCUCCCCAAUUAAGACACAUUUUUUGAUUGUCAGUUUCAAAGCCUUUAGGGCCCAGCAUAAAUUCCAGACGAUUACUUCUAUUUGUUUUCUCCUCUCAGCAACGUCUGAAUCAACCGGCAUUAAUGCCAUCCAGUGACAUCUCUACUUGAAAACCGGGUAGUGAUUUUGAUCAGUUGAUUUCCAAACAUUUGCAUAAUUAUGUAUAGUUAUGAUAAAUUUUAGUGGGAUUGUUGCUUGAUAUUCAGUGGAUCGCAUGCCUGACAUACUUGGGUUGGGCUAAAAAAUUUUGACAAUCUUUAUCGUAAACAGCAAAAUUGCCCUUGUGUUUGAAACUAUGAAUUGCUAAAUAGAACUACGAAUGAAGAAUCAUUGCGGAGAAUCGGUAGGUGUUUCUUUUAGAGCCACUUUGUGGUUUCAGCAGUGACUUUGUUUGGAGAAGUUUUCUGGGAUUUAAAUUAUAAUUCGACCAUCUUGUCAUUUCAGCGACAAGUGUAACGAUUCUGUUAGUUUCUCUUUCUUGUUGUCUUGUUUUCUUUCUUCUUCUUUUAGGACAAAAUAGCUUCUUUUCAAUUAACGUAAGGCGCUAAGUUAUAAGGUGCACUCGGUUAUAAGACGCUCCCCGAAAUUACAACAGAUUUAGAGCUAUCAAACAAACUUUCGUUGAAAAAAUCCUGCGCCUUAAAAUAAAAAAAAUACAGUAAAGCAAAUUGUGGUGUUUUAAAGUGUUCUGUGUGUAUAUUUAAGCUUAUUUCAUUGCGUGAUUGCGAUUGAGUACAACCAAUUUGUUCAGAGUACCGCAUACAGUUGACAAUUUAAACAUUAAACAUUUAAUUACAAUUACAUCUUGGUACAUGUUCGUGCACAGUUUUAUUUUGUGCGUGUGUAUUAUUAUUUUUUAUUUAUUUAAUUGACAUGUACAUUUAGCUCGUUAACUAACGUCUCAGUUUUACUUUGUGUUAUUUUCCUCACUUAUGUGUGUUGUCCGUGACUGUGCUCACAUUGUGGGUGGCUCCUGCUAAAAUUUUGCGAAAUAGAUUGGUAUAGGAUUUUAUGGAGCUGAAACCAAAUUGUGGAAUUGCACACAUUUUAGGCAUCCUACUGACAAAGAGAUAUGACAUGCAGAUAUAUUUUUUAGCAACUACUAUAAUUUGCAGUCUGUCCACUUUGGAUUGAUUUGAAUCAAAAAGAGUAAAGCAAUUCUGUAUCAUGUAGACAUUUCCAGACAAUAUUUCUUUGUUUACCAGUUGAAAAUCAUGUUUUACUUUUUGCAUGAAUUAAAGCAAAGGAGCUGUAGUAACGUCACUGGAUGGCACAAACGGGUGGUCGAUUCAGAUGUUACUGAGGGAGUAAAAACGACUCGAAGUAAUCGUCUGAAAUUCAGGCUGUUUAGGGCCGCCACGUUGGAUAAUUUAGGUAACUAGGUAACUAGUCAACCUAAACCUUAUAGCCCAGGCAGGGCCUGUGCAGCAGUCUUUCAAGUGUGUCCCUUCACAUGGGUCACAAGUUGUUGACAACAUUCACAUCUGUUUUAUGCAUUUUUGCCCCAGUCUGCCCCAUUUCUGUUACUUAAUCUGUCAAGUUGUUGUAAUCUUUUGCACUUCUUGUGUUUAUAAGUCAUUGUUUCAACGUGAGAACAAAGAACAGCCACACAAUAAAGGGAUGCACAUAUAACUGAGCUAGUGAUAGGUUUUGUAUAUUCUCAAAACUUUGACUUUAAAUUCAAAAGAAGGUGAAAGAGCUUCUCUUACAGGGCUCCUCUUUCAUUCAAACAAGGCUUAGCAUCUUAAGUUUGAAGUCAAACACCUUUGAAAUUGCACACUUGUAAGAUUAAUACUGAUUUUUUGGCUUUGUUGUUUUAGAACAUCUCAGACGAGAGGCUGUAGUGGCUUCCUCCAGACUAACCUACAAAAUGAUGGAUACCCUGAACAAUGGGUAAGCACAUGCAUUUUUUCUCAUCACAAAGGGAUUACUUUCUACAGUUGUGUUACUAUUUCAGUAUGGGUACAAUCAAAAUUUGGUUUCAUCAACUGAGUAGAUGAAGUAAAUUGUCCUUUGUGAGAAGAUUCAAAAGCUGCCAUUUUGAUUCAAGGUAUUUUAAGUUCAAUGUAGGUUUGGUAUUGUCUUUUGGAGUUAUGCUGUGGAUGAGAACAUGUCAACGUGAAAAAAAAGAAUGCAUUUUAAUUGAUUUCGUGGAGAGUCAUAGUUCCAAUUUAAACCAUUCUAACCAAACCAUGUCAAUCUGCAGUCUCUUCUGGCACCAAAUCACCAGAAAGCCACAAUGUUCAAUCUAAAACAAAAAUUUAACUCUCAAAUCAGCCCAAAAUUCGGUAUCUAGGUAGUCUUCUGUUUCCAGCUUGCAAAUGUAGUUCUUGUCUCUUGGUAGAAUUUAAUGCAAAUAAAUAUUAUAAAAUAUUAUUAAAAUGGUUUCUUCUUUUUAAAUCUGAAAGUAAAAGAGAAUGUUUGCAAAAGAUAGAGACUAUUGUGCUUGAAAACUUACAUCCAUAUGUUUAUAUUUCUAUAGUGUAGAGCAAGCCUAUGUUAAUCAAAGGAAGUUGGAGACAGAAGCCAAACAGUUACAAGCUCACGCAGGUGAAAUUAAUGCAGUACCACUUGAAUAUUGUAGAUGUGAAUACAGUCAACUCUCUCAUAGCAACCAUCUCCCGUAAACAACAACUUUAAAAACAACCGUUUUUUGCUCAUGCAAAUACUGUUUUACAGUCAAACCAGGUGAAGCGUUCCCGUCGCUAACGAACUAAUAAAUUCAUUAACGGAAAAAUGAUUUCGUUUAUUGAUUCAAUAAUCCAUUCAUAGAAUGAACAAUCCAAUAUUCAUAUUUAGCCUCAAUUCCAUAAUCGAAUGUUGAUUCGAUUACUGUUCUUUGAAAAACUACACUUUUUUUUCCUCCUUUUUUUCUAAGAGUCUAGUUCGGACGAGUUCUGAAUUUCAAACCCAAACAAACUGUUACAUGUACGUCAUUUUGUUUCCAGUAAUCACUGCAACGGACCUGACCUCUUAGGAAACACGAUAGUGAAGCUAAGGUCAGUGUAUGUGCGGUGAUUGGUGGAUUUCGAUCCCCGGCCUUUGUCAGUUUCUUUGCGUUUGUGGUCUGUCUCUUCUAGCUGUUAUUUUGAUUAAAGGCAAUUACAAACGCAAUCGUAAAUGGCAGGAAGAGGGAAGCAAAUACAAUUGAACUCAACAGACAAGAAUAAAGAACAGGUAGAUUUUGUUCAUAAACCAAAUCAACAUUUAAUUAUUGAAUCGAGGUCCAAUUUGACUGUUGGAUUAUUCAUUUUAUGAAUGCAUUAUUGAAUCAACAAACGAAAUCAUUUUUCCAUUAAUGAAUUCAUUAGUUUGCUAGUGACGGGAACGCUUGACCUGGUUUGACUGUAAAACUCUCUCAUAAGCGACCAAAGUAAACUUCAGUUUUCAAUUUCUUAAAUUUCAAAAACAACAGCAACCACUAUUUAAACCAGAAAUAUAAGCACCUGCUUGAUUUUGCUUGGCUAAACAGGUUCUUGUAUUUUUGGGUAUUACCUGUAAAUGGCAAAUUUCUGGCAGGAUGUUCUUAAUCCACAGAUUGUUAUUAGUGGGUGUUUACUGUAUUCGAUGUGAAACAAGUCUUAACUUGUUAGGUAAUAACUUUAACAUGUAUGAACGUUAAUCAGUUCAGUUUGAGCUUAUUUUCCUGAUUUUUCCCACAGACCACCUCCUGUAAGCGACCACUUUGUCGUGCAACAAGGGUGGUUGCUUAUGAGACGGUUGACUGGCCGAAGGGAUUAACCUAGAUUCAUAUGACAUAGAUGUCUUCAUAUGUUUCAAAGCUUUUGGUGGCUUUUCCCGUCCAUCACCCAUCAUUAAUUUAGAGGCAGCUGUCAAACUUGCUCUCAGGGUCAGCAUAGAAGGAGAGGAGCCUGGGAACAAGGUUGAGGCAGCUGUUUUUCACAGGCUACUAAAAUUCAGAUAGGAAAGAGAUUCAAAUUCCCAGGAGAUUAACAAUCUAGAUUAUUUCUCUUCAUAACUUUAUGAUAAAUGCAAACUCUGACAAAUGUAUAAUGUUUUGUUUGACCUUUUUGACUUUAUUCUGCUAUUUUUUUGUGUUCUCGGCCUUAGUACGAUUCUCUAAACAGACAGUGCAGUGGCUUCAGAUGUUAGAAGCCUUCAACAAAGCUUUAAAGGUAGGAAUAGUUUGAAAUCAUUUUUGCCGUAAGUCAAAAGUACAGUUACCAAUAAUUGCUUAAACGAUGCAUCACAUUUCAGGAACUGGGCGAUGUUGAGAACUGGUCAAGAGUAAUAGAGGCAGAUAUGACAGCCAUAGCAAGUGCUUUGGAAUAUGCUUAUAAAGGUAUAAUGAGCUGCAGUGUAUUAUAA